AUGUGGCCGAUGUGGUUGAUGAGGAGAGGAAUAAACCGAAAGGCGCGAGCUGCCGACGAUCUGCCAGAAUCGGUCGACUUAUUCGAUGGUGCGUCUGUAGCGGGUAGUACUAGGAAGAACAGCCAAAGGCUUUACGAUGAUGAGCUUCCCCAUCACCAACUGGACGUAGAGGUGGACAAUUCUGUUGCGAGUGCCUCUCAGUGGGAUAAAGGUCCGCAAGCGUCUCCUUUGUUGACUUAA